CACACACACGACGCUCUUCCCGGGAACACUUCUCUGCAUUACCCAAGGAACCGAGGACAUUUCAUUUAUAUUUUUAUACCCCGAAACGACGGGAGAAAGCCGUCCCUUGAAUUGCAGAAGCAGUCGAUCUGCCUCCACACCAAGUGUCUUCUGCUCUCUUGCCUACAAGUAGCCGUAGGCUUCUUCCCCCCCCCCCCGCGUCCGCGAUCGCAGUUGUCUCCCCCAGCCUCCCCCUUCUUCCAAGAUCAGGGUGGGACUACUGAAUGGAAUAUUUCCCCUUCUCUACAGCCAGCCGGCCCCCCCACGGAUUUCAAGGAUUUAGUAUCCGCCACCAAAGACAUUGCAGAUUGGGGGAAGAGUGUCCUUGGCGUGCUCAUCACUGCAAGUGACAGGCCGAGUCAGUGAGGAAAUGGUUGCUGACUGUGGCUGAAUCCACAGCUGCAAGAAUAUGCAGCCCAGGGGCCUUCCUGGCAGUGCAAAGGCAGCGGACUGCGCCAAGGAGCUGAUCACCACGUUGUGCACGGGGGUUGUGGCCGGGAGGCAUGGUGACAACUUUCAAGAUUGCCGUGCUGGGUGCUCAAGGGGUCGGGAAGAGUGCCAUUGUCCACCAGUUCCUGUACAACGAGUUCAGCGAGGUCUGUGUCCCCACCAAGGCCCGCCGUGUCUACCUACCUGCCGUGGUCAUGAAUGGCCAUGUUCACGACCUACAGAUCAUGGACUUCCCACCCAUCGGCUCUUUCCCUGUAAAUACCCUGCAGGAGUGGGCGGACGUGUGCUGCCGAGGCCUCCGGAGUGUUCAUGCCUACAUCUUGGUCUAUGACAUCUGUUGUUUUGACAGCUUUGAGUAUGUCAAAACUAUUAGGCAGCAGAUCCUAGAAACAAGAGUCAUUGGAACCUCAGAUACUCCCAUCAUCAUUGUUGGAAACAAGAGGGACCUCCAGAAAGGCCGGGUCAUCCCCCGCUGGAAUGUCUCCAACCUGGUGAAGAAGACAUGGAAGUGUGGUUACAUUGAGUGCUCAGCCAAAUACAACUGGCAUAUCCUCUUGCUCUUCAGUGAACUUCUGAAGAGUGUGGGCUGCGCACGAUGUAAGCACGUUCACACUGCCAUCCGCUUCCAGGGGGCCCUGCGGAGGAACCGAUGCACCAUUAUGUGAGACCUUAAGGACCUGCUGUCCCCCCCAGAUCUCUGAGGGCAGCUUCUCCCCACUCACCUGCCAUGUGCAUGGGAGCCUUUUUUGGGGGGGGGGGGAAUCCGGAUUCAGCUGGGGUAGAAGUUCUUAACAAGCAGCUCUGUCCUCAAAGGAAGCCUCAGCCCUUAGCCUCAUUGAGGCCAGCUAGUUUUUGAUUUCUUUUUUGCUGAUCCUUGAAGCAAUGGCUGUGUUGAGGAGGUUUGCUUCUUUAUAUAUAGGAAUCCUUCUGAUCUGGAUCAUAGACCAGAAGGUGCUGAAAUCUACGGAUGGAGCAAAAAUCCAGAAAGUCAACCUGAAGAAGGGAAUACAUCUGGUUCACUCUCUUGCAGCCAGAUUAUUAAUCUACCAAAUGUGGGAUUAGUUAAUAUUUUGUGAAUAAUGCAAUGCAAAUUAAGAGGAACAAAUGGUCUCAUGAUAUAGUACUAAACAGCCAGCCCAAUGGGGAUGAGCAAUCUUUGGCCCUCUAGAUGUUGCUAAACUGCAAUUUAGUAAUCUUAACUGGUAAGGCGAUAAGAGCAUAAUGUUGAAUGUUCUAAUUCAGCAACAUCUAGAGGCCCACAAAGCAUCUAUUCUUAUACCAGGUCAGCAUUCCUGUAAUGCAAGAUUACUUACAUCCUGGCUCAGAUAUUUCAGGAGGAAAGAGAAGUAUAGAAUGAGUGAAUAAACGAGUUGAACAAGUGAUCCAAGAAAAGGCAGCUUAGAUGGGACUGGUAGGGAUUAGUAAGGGCAACUGAAAUGAAAGGAUGUGAUCUCUCAAGUCAUAUAUAUGUUGAGAUUAUAGAUACCCUUGAUGUAUUUCACAAUACAUGUUUAUAGAGAUAGGGGAAGCAUUUCAGUCUGGACAUAAAGUAAACUGGGUUUGCCACUACAGGUUCUGAUGAUGUGAGAACAUGAAUCCAUGAGAUAUAAUUUGCUUAUAUUUACACAAUUUUUUUCAGGCACACACAAACCAUCUUUGAACACUUAAAAUUCAGAAUAUACACUGUAGUGUUGCUGAACUACAAUUCCCAGAUGCCUCACUAUUGUCCAUGCUGACUGGAGGAUGUAGUUCAACUUCCUGCCCUUUUUAGAUGUCUAUUAUUGGCCGUGGUGGCAGAGGCUAAUGGGCAAUAAGAUUCAGCCACGUGGUCACAUGGUCACAGGUUUCAACCUUUGUCGUAAUAAAUGAUGCAACCUUGUUACUUUGAUUACACUUUAUACAACCGUGGUGCACAAGUCCCAAAGGUGCUUUUUCAAAAGGCAACUGGACUUUGUUUUUCCUUGAAGAUGUUUCACUUCCCAUCCAAGAAGAAGCUGAACUGAAGAAGUUUCUUGAAUGAGAAGCGAAACAUCUUCAAGGAAAAAUAAAGUCCAGUUGCCUUUUGAAAAAGCACCUUUGGGACAACCAUGACCUGGAUGGCUGAGAAUCUCCACAGACAUGGUACAGAAGGACUUAGCUAGAAAUUAACACUUGAGGGAAGGGCUGCUCAUUUGGGGGAGAGGAAGAACUUCUCUCCCUACUCUUAGCUUAUUUAUUUAUUUUGCUUGAUGACCAUUAACUGUAGAAUCCUCCAACUCAUUCUUUUUAAAUGCCAAUGUGUUCAUGUUUCCCCUGUCCAGAGCUAAGGAGAUUACCCACAUAUCUUCCAAAUAGUAGAAAAACAUGAAGUGGAAAAAAUCCCAGACAUUGGAGCAUAGCCAAGAAGGAUCUCUCUGCAAACACACACUCUUAGUUGAGGCAGACUUAGGAGAAAAUUCCUUAUAGAACCACCAGUAUGGAAGUGUCAUCUUCAGGCUGGCUGUCUUGACUCCUUCAGACUUCAUCGGGACAUAUUCUCUCCUAAGAGAAGAUUUCUUAUACAUGCAUGAAAAACAAGCAAGUUGACAAAACGUCCUAGGCAGGCCUCCUCAAGAUGCUACUUUCUACAUGCAUUAAAACACACACCCACAACAGCAAAUCAUUCCGUCAUAACGUGGCACAGUCCUGGCUCACAGGUUUGCCAAUAUAGGCUUUGACCAAUACAGUUUUUUUCCGGCAGAUACCUCUUUAAAGAAAUCAACUUUAGAAUGAUCUGUUUGGUCUUCAUGCUAAUUUAUAGAUGGUUUGUUUUCUGAUAAUUACAAAUAAAGAGGCUGACUGGUUUUGC